AUAAAAAUAAGUUUUUUUUUUUUUUUUUUGUUGGUGUGGACUCUUUCUUCUUUGCAGGUUUUGAGGAGAAUCGUGUCGGCUGAAUCUGUGUCAGACACAGCACACUCUGAUUGCAAAGUCUUCGUCUUCUCUCCUUCUUCCGGAGACAUACAUCGAUCAUCAAUAGCAAAAAGUGAAAGGGUUCAAUAAAUUUUCCCCCUUUUGAUUUCUCUUCUUACACAAAUCACAGACGAAUUCGAGAAUGGAUGUUUGUUUGAGCUAUUCAUAUAAUAUGGAUGAUGAGAUUGCAAAGUUCAUCAAAAGAGUGAAUCCACCAAGGGUUGUGAUCGAUAACGAAGUCUGCAAGGAUGUUACUGUCAUUAAGGUGGAUAGUGCGAAUAAACAUGGAAUACUUCUGGAGGUUGUUCAAGUUUUGACUGAGCUUAAUCUCACUAUUAAGAAAGCUUAUAUCUCAUCUGAUGGUGGCUGGUUCAUGGAUGUUUUCAAUGUUACUGAUCAAGAAGGGAACAAAGUCACCGAUGAUAUCGUUCUUGAAUAUAUUCGUACAUCUCUUGGCCCUGAUGAGUCUUCUUGCUUCAGUCCAUCAAUGAGAUCAUCUAUUGGUGUCAAACAAUCUGUCGACUUCACUGUGAUUGAGCUUACAGGAACUGACAGACCCGGUUUGUUGUCCGAGCUAUGCGCUGUACUUAUGGAUCUCCAAUGUAAUGUGGUAAAUGCUGAGAUAUGGACACAUAGAGCAAAAGCAGCAGCGGUUUUGCAAGUUACCGACGAAGAAACAUGCUCUGCAAUCACUGAUCCAGAGAGGUUAUCCAAAAUCAGGAAGCUUCUUGGUUAUGUGCUUACAGGUGGAUGCAGUGGCAGAAGGUUCCGUGAACCGAAAAUCACGGUUUCUUCUGCUCUCAAUGAAACUUACACGGAUCGUAAGCUUCAUCAGUUGAUGUUUGCAGAUAGAGAUUACGACGAAUGGGAGAAUAAUGUUGAUGAUGAGGAUAAAUGUGGGAGAGUAAUUCCAGAUGUGGAUGUCUCCAAUUUGCAUGAUUUAGAUUACUCAAUUGUGAUGAUCAAAUGUAAAGACAGACCAAAGCUUCUUUUCGAUACCGUCUUUACUUUGACGGAUAUGAAAUAUGUGGUUUCACAUGCCAGCAUUGACGCUGAAGGCCCUGAAGCAUAUCAGGAAUACUACAUAAGACAUACAGAUGGAUCUCCUGUCAAAUCCGAGGCAGAAAGACAGAGAGUUAUCAAAUGUCUAAAAGCAGCAAUCCAAAGAAGAGUCUCUGAGGGCUUGAAGCUUGAGCUUUGCACUUCAGAUAGAGUCGGGUUACUCUCAGAUGUGACUCGAAUUUUCCGUGAAAACAGUCUUACAGUAACAAGAGCUGAAGUGAAAACAAAAGGAGACAAAGCUCUCAACACAUUCUAUGUGAGAGACGCUUCCGGCUACCAAGUUGAUGCUAAAACCAUAGAAUCCAUUAGACAAGUCAUAGGUCAGACAAUACUUCAAGUGAAAGGCGGAAACACAGACGCGAAACCGAGCCCUCAAGACUCACCAACAGGGUUUCUUUUCGGGGUAUUCAAGUCGAGAUCUUUCGUCAACUUCGGGUUGAUCAGAUCCUAAUCCAUGAAGGAAGUGAAGUGUUUCCUCAAUCUGUAAAUGACUCAAUAGUACAUUGUGUGAAUACAAAAAGCUUUUAGGACAGUAAAGUUUUAGGAUUCAUUUUUACAGGGUUGUUUAUAAAUAGUAUAGACUCUUGUGUAGGAAGGAUUUGGUUUUUAUAUUUGUGGAUGUAUAUAAAUUGGAUUCUUCUUUGAUUUGUUCACCAAUCACUUUCUACAA